ACUCUUCCUGGUGUGGGUGUGGACUCGGAUGACUUCAGCAAUAAUGGAGGAAAACCUGCUCUGCUUUUAGUAAACAGUUUGUUUUCGACUGCGUUUUUAAUUUCGCUGGUCUUGGAGCUGGAAUGCUGUGUCAGGAUGGGAAACUUGUUUGGAAAAAAGAAACAGUCCCGGGUGACGGAGCAAGAUAAAGCCAUCCUGCAACUGAAGCAGCAGAGAGACAAACUGAGGCAGUAUCAGAAGAAGAUCCACCUGCAGCUGGAGAAGGAGAGACAGUUGGCCAAACAGCUGCUCAAAGAUGGAAAGAAAGAGAAAGCCCUCCUCCUGCUGAAGAAGAAACGAUACCAGGAGCAGCUCCUGGACAAGACGGAGACUCAGAUCAGCAACCUGGAGCGAAUGGUCCAGGACCUGGAGUUUGCUCAGAUCGAGAAGAAAGUCAUUGAUGGGCUGAAAGUUGGAAACGAGUGUCUGAAGAAAAUGCAUGAGAUGAUAUCAAUUGAAGAGGUAGAGAGGAUCAUGGAUGAAACACAAGAUGCCAUCGAAUACCAGAGGCAAAUCGACGACAUGCUGGCUGGUUCCUUAUCACAAGAGGAUGAAGAUGCUGUUCUGGCUGAGCUGGAAGCCAUCACUCAGGGAGAUGUCGAGCUUCCCGAGGUUCCUUCAGAGCCGCUGCCAGAAGUCCCUAAAGCUGCCGAGAAGAAACCAGUUUCAGAGAACGAUCGUCCCAGGAAGAAGCCGGAGCCAGAGAUGCUUGCUAUGUAGAAACAGAACUGACCUCUGUUGCAAACCAACAACCCCGCAUUUAGCUGCAGAUGUUUUUCUACCUUACAGGCCUGCGGUUGCUCUCAGAUAAUCCCUCUGAUGACUGGUUGUCUUCAUCUGCUGCAGGUCAGUUCUAAUAGGCGGGACCGAAUCACCAGCCGCGCCUUGUGAACCUUACCUUCAUUUAUUUAAAGCAGAUUCCACCUCCUCUCUUAAGACCUGUGAAAUCACAUAAUUGUGCCUAACUUUUGUUUAAGCAGUGCAUUUUGUUUACUAUGAAAUCAUUUUAAAUUAAUGCAAACCAUGUAAACUGUACGUAACUCAUUUAAUCUCUUUAAAUGAUCAGUGGAGCAGAGCUCUGAGAGGAUCACUUCAUCCAAAUUCCAGAAAAACAUGUGAACUCGCAGUCAUCUAGUUUAAUCCUGUCGCAGUCUGGUUUCCACAGUCUGGAAGUUAGAAGAAUGAAUCCAAAGGCGUCUUAACGCCGGACAGCAUUUCGUUUUAUGUCUUACAUUUGUUUAUUAAAAUGAAAAAACUUUAAAGCAACAAGAAGAAAAAUGAUAUUUAAGAUUUUUAGUUUUAAUAUUUUACUCUUAUAAUUAAGUCUGCAUCAGGACUACGUGAGAACAUGUUUUCUUCCUAAUCUGGGUGAAGUGACCAUUUAAUGUGCUCUGACCUUUGGCUGCUUUGUAGCGAGUCUCUUUACUCAUCCUGGAAGUUUUUUCUAAAAUCCAGAAUGUCUGCAUCCAUCUUUCAGCAGAUCCGCUCAGUCUGACCCUCCUCAAGCAGAUUACAUCAUCUAAUUUGUGUUCUCCUUGUAAAUUAGCUCAGCCUCUUUGGGAAAAGGCUGGGCAUAUCUCAUGUGGAUUCACCUCUGACGCCCAGACCACAGUUUGUAAUCUGCACCCACAGAGUAUUUACAUCGCUGUAAUUGUCUUCCUGUGUAUAACACAUACUUGGAUCUGCAGCAGGAACUUUUGUCAGUAUCGAAGAGGCUUAUGGGGGAAUAUCUUUGAAGAUCAGUGGGACUAAACUGUAAAUCAUUUAAACUCUGAUGACUAAUCCUGUCCGAUGGCAAGCGAUUGUCCUAAAGUUGGGUUGGUUUCUGUACAUUCUUUUUACAAUAAAAAGUGUUUUUAUUGGUAAAUAUUG